AACUUUUUCAAGAAAAAUGGAUUCAGACCCACAGAAAAGAUGCAUCCAGACCCAUUACCACGCAGCUGCAAACAGCCAUGGUUGUUUUCUUUUCGAGCUUCUGAGAGACUCUUGUCCGACUGAACGGGAGCCUCUGUUAUGUGUUUUUUUUUAUGGUGUCGACGAAGGAAGUUAGUAGGAAGCUGUUGGGUCUUAGCCGUUUCUUGCGGCCAUGGUGAAGAUGGGAAGCGUGGGUUUCUGGGCUCUGGCGAUGUUGGGGAUGGUGGGUUUCGUCAGUGGGGAGGUCUACAUUGUGAUUGUUGAAGGAGAUCCCGUGGUCACAUACAGGGGAGGACUCGAACGCUAUCCUGCAACUGCUGUUGACUCCCCAGAAGACUUCGACAUCACCAGCGAACAUGUAAGAUCCUACUCCUUUCUCCUUGACAAAAAUCAUAAUGCGAUUCUUGCCUCCGUAUUCGAGCCUGGAACAUACAAGAAGCUAUACAGCUACCACCAUCUUAUUAAUGGGUUUGCAAUCAGCAUGUCCCCUGAACAGGCCAAUGUUCUUAGAAAAACUCCUGCAGUUCUUUACGUGGAGGAGGACUCAAAGGUGACGAGAUUGACAACCCACACACCAGAAUUCUUGGGUCUUCCUACGGCGGUGUGGCCAACAGGAGGUGGCACCGAGAGAGCUGGAGAAAACAUAGUAAUUGGUUUCAUCGAUUCUGGAAUCUAUCCUCAACACCCCAGUUUCGCUGCUUUUCUCUCUGAUCCAUAUGAACCAGUUGGUACCUACAGAGGAAAAUGUGAAGUUGAUCCAGACACUAAGAGGAGAUUUUGCAACGGAAAAAUAGUUGGUGCCCAACAUUUCUCUGCAGCUGCCAUCGCGGCUGGAUUAUUCAACUCUACUGUUGAUUUUGCUUCUCCUCUGGAUGGUGAUGGACAUGGAAGCCACACGGCAGCAAUUGCAGCUGGAAAUAAUGGAAUACCUGUAAGGAUGCAUGGGUAUGAGUUUGGUAAAGCAAGUGGAAUGGCACCUCGUGCUAGAGUUGCAGUGUACAAAGCUAUAUAUAGGGGCUUUGGAGGAUUUGCUGCUGAUGUUGUGGCAGCCAUUGAGCAGGCUGUUAAGGAUGGUGUGGAUAUUAUAAAUCUUUCUGUUGGCCCUAAGGGUCCAACAGCUACCAGAACCACAUUUUUGAACCCCUUUGAUGCUGCACUUCUUUCUGCCGUAAAAGCAGGAGUGUUUGUUGUUCAGGCAGCUGGAAACGGGGGACCAUUUCCCAAAAGUAUGGUGUCUUUCGGUCCGUGGAUUACAUCUGUGGCUGCUGCAAUUGAUGAUAGGAGAUACCAAAACCAUUUGACUCUUGGCAAUGGAAAACUCCUUCCUGGAGUUGGUUUAUCCCCGGCAACACAGUGGAACCAGACUUUCAGCUUGAUUGCAGCAAAUGAUGCCAUGGUGAAUCCUUCUGAGUCUUUGUAUGGUCCUUCGGACUGUCAAAAGGCAGAAGUCCUAGACCGGAAGAUGGUGGAGGGAAGGAUACUUCUUUGUGGAUAUUCCAUUAAUUUUGUUAUGGGUAACUCAUCCAUUAGAAAAGUCUCACAAACAGCAAAAAGUCUUGGAGCAGUUGGAUUUGUUCUAGCAGUUGAAAGCUUUUCUCCAGAGGCAAAAUUUGAUCCCAUACCGGUUGGCAUCCCUGGAAUAGUCAUCACAGAUGUCAGCAAAUCAAUGGAUCUCAUACAAUAUUACAACAGCUCAACAGCAAGAGAUCAAUCUGGGCGUGCUACAAGUUUUCAAGCAACAGCUAGUAUUUUAGGUGAUCUGAUGCCUAGCUUCCAUAGAUCAGCACCACAAGUUGCUCUGUUCUCCUCACGAGGCCCUGAUGUAAAGGACUUUAGUCUUCAAGAUGCAGAUGUCCUUAAACCAGAUAUUCUUGCACCUGGUUCUCUUAUCUGGGCUGCAUGGACACCAAAUGGGACUGAUGAAGUCAACUACAUGGGAGAAGGUUUUGCUAUGAUCUCUGGGACCAGUAUGGCGGCUCCACAUAUUGCUGGAAUUGCAGCACUUAUAAAGCAGAAACAUCGUGAUUGGAGCCCUGCUGCUAUCAAGUCAGCAUUGAUGACAACAGCAAUCACAGUGGAUAGAGCUGGACAGCCCCUGCAAGCCCAGCAAUAUUCUGGAUUGGAAACUACGGUUUUGGCACCAGCCACCCCAUUUGACUGUGGAAGUGGGGCAGUUCAUCCCAGGGUUGCUCUUGAUCCAGGACUCAUCUUUGACACAGGUUACGAUGACUACAUUAAGUUUCUGUGCUCUGUCCCCGGUAUUGAUCCGCAUGAAGUACGCGAUAUCACAACCAAAAUAUGUAUCUCCAGCUUCAGCCAUCCUGCUGAUCUUAACACCCCUUCGAUCACCAUUUCUAGUCUCAAGGGCACCCAAACUGUAGUUAGAACAGUUAAAAACGUUGCAGGAGCAGAAACAUACACACUGACGAGCAGAAUGUCCCCAGAAAUUGCCAUGGAAGUCAGCCCGCCUGCUAUGACUUUGGAGUCCGGUGCAAACAAAACCUUUUCUGUUACCAUGACUGUUCGAUCAGUUACUGGUAAGUACGGUUUUGGGGAGAUUUUGAUGAAAGGAGACAGAGGACAUAAGGUAAGGAUCCCCGUGGCAGUCAUGGGUGUUGGACACUAGCUGAUCAAGAAUGUCUCGUUUAAGCUGAGCUACUGUUCCAAUACUUUGCGGCCUUAGCAACAAAAAAAACAUGCAGGAGGAUGUAUACUUGAUCCAGAAAGAGAGCGUUUUGUAAAUAUCGCAUGUUUAGACUGAAUGAAAAGUAUUUCACACCCAUCGGAAAAAGGAAGUUACUUUCACAACA